AUGACAUUAUGUGAAUGUUCCGUCUCGAGCCUAUGCUUAGGAAAAAGGAUUCUAUAAAUUUUAACCCGUGCAAAAAAUUGAAUUAGUUAUAAUGACAAUAAAUAUCAUAAAAUUUCAAAUUGAGCGUCUUUCUAUAAGUCGUUCGAAUGUGAAUCAAGUUCAAAUCGAAUGUUGUAUUUAGUGAUGAGCUCAAACAGCUGGGCCUUCAGGAAUUCACAACCGACAUGACUUAGUAGAAGAGAAUAUAUUUUAUUUUCUAGCUCAGAAUUUCUUUAACAAAUCACACAAACAUAUAGUAGAAUUAGAAUAUAAUGAAAUAACUAAGUGGCUCCUGACUGAGGUAGUGGGAGAAGCGUAAUGUGCAUUACGAAGAAUAAAUGAAGUACGCGUCCUUACAAAAACUAUUCAGAAACAACACAGCAAAGAGAGCUAACUGUACAACCUGUAAUGAAUAUUCCCACUACCGAAUCCCAUUAAUCUAAUCGUCUUUUUUUGUUUGUUUGUUUCAUAUACAUAUAAUAAUUAUAAUGACAUUCUCAUCUUAUUAUGUGUCAAACAUUGGUUCGUCAUAUAUAUAUGACAAGCAAACUGGUUAUUUGUUAUUUAAAACAGUGAACUCGGGAAAAAAUAAAAUAAUUCUAUGCUGGAAAUUAAGGCAGCACAUGAUUGAGAGCAGAGGUGUACACAUUCUCAGAAUCCCAGUAAUCACACUUAGCUAUAGCUUAGCUGGGGCUACUCAAAAUUAUAAGAUAAGUUCGGAAGUUAAUCAAAUUUGAUUAAUGUUUGAUUAAAUCAAUCAUGUUUCAUUGAUGUUUGAUCGAAUUGAUAAAAUUAACAUCAAAUCUCAAAUCGAUCAUGAUUAGAUAUAAGUCUCAUUAGUUAGCAGUGACUUAAUAUAUGGUUUUGUCUUCGGUGUACUCACUUCUUUUUGUGAAUUCAAUGCACUCGUUACAUAAUCGUCAUUAUAAGCAGACAACAUAUAAAAACGAUGCCCGCCGCCGAUCCUCCGGCGGCUGCUGCUGCGCCUGCCAACGAACCUCCAAAGGACGUCGCCGAGGAGAAAUCCGUAAUUCCGGCCACUCCUCCACCGGAAGAAAAACCUGACGACUCCAAGGCCAUCGGCGCAAACCUAAAGGAUAAAGACUCCGAGUCGACGACGACGAUUCGGAAUCAGACUCCGAGUCGUCAGACGACGAGGCUGUCGAUAUCGCUGGUGCCAACAAGAAGAAGGACAUCAAGUUCUUUGAGAAUCUGCUCAAGGUAAGGAAGCAAGACCCUUGUGAUGGCGACAAAUUUGGAGUCACCUUUCUAUUUGUCGCAGUUGGCAUAUCCUAUGUUGAAAGCAUCUGGAAAUGGAAGCAUUGUGUUUAUUUCUUCCAUUGCCGGGCUGGUGGCUCUUCCUUUCUAUCGGGUUACGCAACUACCAAAGGUAACCAACAUAUAACCAUCUUCCUGGGUUCGUUGGCGUUUGGGUAUUUGCGAAUUUAUCUCGGUAAAGCCUGGAUUUUUUACUUUUCCGAAUGAUACGAUGGUUUUGGAUCGAUAUGAUCAUUGUGAAAUAAUAAGCGAUUCAGCUGACAUCUAUAUCUUCUUCGGAUAUGGCAAGACGCUAGUCGUCAAUUUGCUCUCCUUGUGGAGCCUGCUUAUUUUGGUGUUCUCUAUCAAAUUCAUAUCUCGACCGAGAAGGAUCACUGGAGAUAUAUUGUGCUUUUGAUACUUGUGUUGCUUCUUGGCCGGAGCUCCUUGGGGUCUUUGCCGGAUCCGUCCCUUCAUUGGUCGGCGAAGGUAAGGUUUCUCCUAUCUUAACUCCGGCAACAUUUUUGAUUCCAUCCAUCAUUAAUUGAGUUUUUGGAUUCCGCUGUUCUCAAAGCUGACUGAUUAAGCAUCGGUUUUGGUUACCUUUUAUGCUCCAAUGAAAUCUUAUUACUUUA